UACAAGAAUAAAAUUAUAGAAAAAAAGGAGACUCGAACGAAACUUGGAAUAAAAGUUUACACAGAAAUAUUAAUUUUCCGAAUAGUAGCUUGAAUAAAUAUCGAGACUUUGUAGCAAAUCGACGGUUUACUGCGCGAUAUUUGUGAUAAUCGGGGCAUGCGAUUUCCUCCGCGAGGAAGCAAAGGAAGAACUAUCGGUGUGAUUUAAACAGUGUUUAGUGUGAAACAGUGAGAAAAGUGAUGAAAAGUACUCCAGUUGGUGUAUGCCGAAGAAGAUGAAGAAUUCGUCGAAGAGAUAGACACAAAGGAGAUUAUACGAAUCUUCAAUCGGUACGAUAUGUACUCAUAUAUGGUAGAGAUCCAGCAGCGAGGUAUAGAGUUCCUACGUAGUGUUCAGAAAGUAGGAACUUCAUACCGUGCUCUUGGACUUGCCGAAAGAUCGUCGAGCAAAUUGUAUAGCCGGCCGAAUAUCAUGUACUUGCUAUAUAUCGUGGUGUCGAGUGAGAGAAAUGAACGAAACGAUGCGCGGGGGAUCGAUGAUGGAAAAGUACCGGCGGACGUAGUCAGAGGAGACCCGAUAAGCACCCGGGGAUUUAUCAGCGAUCGUUCCAUCAGACGACCGUUCCAGGAUGCUGAUUUUGUCGAACGAACUCGAAACUUCUCUUAUUCUACGUUAAAUGCGAUCCAGUAUGAGCGUACAUUCGUGAAGUGCAUCGUCGCCCCUCGCAGGAAGUCAAAGCGGCUAUAGUCACAUCGUGGUAAUGGAAAUCGUAAACAUUAAUUAGCAGGAUGACCCUGGUCUGUGAACGAGAAAUGGAAUUCUGAACUGCAAUACGUGGCUUGUGUGACGUAAAUCCAUCGAUCGUUGAUCACAGAGCAUUAGAUUAUACGAUAUAGAGCACAGUUUACUUUGACAAAGAGAAAUAUCAAGCAGGAGGAUGAAUACUACUGAUUUAUUCCCCUUAUGCUUGUCCAAUGUGCGAAUAUAUCGGUAAUUAUUUAGCCGAGACUCGAAAUAAGGAAUUUUAGUAUUUGAAACUUUGUAAGUGAUACAUGUUUGAUAGACGCAUUUUUUUUUUUUUUUAUUUAAUAAUUUCAACUCACAAUUUGUCCAAUUUGGACAUUUGGUGAAUUUUUUUAGCUGUUUGAUUAUCGUGUGGGUGGCUACCCCCAGCG